CCAGAGUCGUCGAUCUGGGUAAAAAAAAAUGGCUGACGUUGAUUUCGGAGAUGUGGAACUCUUUCAACAAUUAGAUGACCCUAGGCCGCCGGAGCCCACCCACAUUCGUUUUCCAGAUGACGCAGAGGACCACGAGGAGGUGUCGUUGUUACGAGGCCGGUUGGGAGAAUGUGAUGACUACAUUGCGAAGCUAACAGAGGAGAAUAAAGCUCUGAGAAGAAAGUUGAAGGUCCUGACACGACCCAGUGGCAUUACGGUCGACGAUGCCAACGUCGACGGACCCGUGGUUCAAAUUAUAUAUUCAAACAAUUUCCUAUCAAAGCAAUGCCGGCAAGAAAUCGAAGAUAGCGUCUGCGGUGUCAUACUGCGGCAGCAGAAAGCGGGCAGUACAAAGAGUCAUUCCUCCUCCCCUUACUUGAAGCCUCAGCCUUCUGCAUUUGCAAUGGAUGAAGAUCCACAGAAGUUGUCCAGCACUCGUGUAAGAACAACAACAGAAGCCUUCAAAGUGGUUGGAAGCGUCCUGUACUUCACCACCUUCAGUGUGGACAAACUUGGGCAGCCCCUGCAGAAUGAAAACCCUCAGCUGACCGGCGGAUGGGAAGUGCCAACCUAUCAGCAGGUUUUCAAUCAAGUCAUUGGCACAGACGGGCAGGACAUGGAAAUGAAAGACAAAAGGCCCAAAUCUAUGUGUUUUAACUGUGGUGCAAGCAACCAUCAAAUGAGAGACUGCCCUAAGCCCAGAGACAUGGCUGCCAUUAAUGAGAGAAGAAAGGAGUUCCAGAACACCAACCAGUCCCUGCAGAGUAACCAGCGGUACCACGCUGAUGAGGUGGAGGAGCGAUUCUCUAAAUACAAGCCUGGAAUCUUGAGCGAGGAGCUUUUGGGGGCGCUGGGAAUCGACACACACACUCUCCCUCCUCUCAUCUAUCGCAUGAGGCAGCUGGGGUACCCACCUGGUUGGCUCAAAGAGGCAGAAAUGGAGAACUCUGGUUUAACACUGUAUGAUGGAAACGUGUCAAAUGACAGCAGUAUGAUCAACAACACCGCAUCACAAAACCUCUCAUAUGAUGUUUCUAAACUGGUAGACUUUCCAGGCUUCAAUGUGCCGGCGCCACACAAAAUGAAAGACGAGUUCAUGCGCUACAGUUCCUUUCCUAUGCAGAGCAACCACCUGAAGCACAACUAUGCAGCCUACUUGUCCAGCCACUUUGCUUCGCUCGAUUGUCCUAGCAACAAGAGGCAUCAUGAGUCCGACUCCUCUCAACAGCACAGGAAGAGGCCAAGAUCCAGCCCUGAUGGGAGCUCUGAUAUGGAUAUUGAGUCAGAUCCUGGAACCCCUUACAACACUCACCGUCAGGGUGACUUCCAUUUCCAACCACCACUCCCGCCUGGCUCGCCAUGCUUCAGCUCACCCCCUCCUCUACCCCACGGCACCCCGCCUGCUACACCCACUCCCCCGCCUCUCCCGAAAAGCACACCGCCUCCCACGCCCACCAACGGCUCCCCCAGGACGCCGCGAGGACCUAACUGGGUAGUGUUGGACGAGGCGACGGACGGACGAGAGGACGACCUCACUCUGGAGGAGCUGGAGGAGCAGCAAAGACUGAUCUGGGCGGCGCUCCAAAACGCUGAUACCACCACCACCAGUGACUCGGAGACACCCGUGGCGGAAAGUUCACCGAGCGUGUCCACCCCAGCGCGGGGUGACUCCGAAAUGGAGGAGGUUGAAGAAGUGAUGGACAAAAGCUUGCCUGGGGAGGUUGAUCCUCAGACCCCAGUUGAAGAUCAAAAUGACAGCCCCCAAAGCCCCGAUCCAGUCAAACCCCAAGAUCAUCUUGCUGUGGCCAAAUUUCAAGAUAGUCCAGGUCCAGCUAAAUUUCAGGACAACAGUUCUAUCAAAUCCCAGGAUGACAGCCCCCAAAGUCCUGGUCCCAUCAAGUCACAGGAUGACGGCCCCCAAAGUCCUGGUCCCAUCAAGUCACAGGAUCACGGCCCCCAAAGUCCUGGUCCCAUCAAGUCACAGGAUGACUACCCCCAAAGCCCUGGCCCCGUCAUAUCCCUGGAUGACAGCCCCCAAAGCCAUGGCCCCAACCAACCCCAGGAAGACAGCCCCCAGAGCCCCGAUCCAGCAGCCUCCCAGGAUGUAAACGGAGCCUCCCCCAAGCCAGCGGCCAACAAGGUGUCAGCGGUUCCUCAUCGAAGCAAGUUCGCAGAGGGUAUAGUGCCUUUCGAGGACACUCCGGAAUACACGGAGGUGGCCGAAGCCACAGGGACGUACCUCCGUAUCAGAGACUUGCUGAAGAGUUCGCCUCGAAGUUUGGCUAAGAAAAAAUCGUAAUGAAUACUUUCUUGGCCACCUUAUGCAUCAUAUUUUAACUACUUUUAUAUAUGUGUUUAUGUGGCAUGAAGGGACAUUGAACCACGGCUAUCAUUGUAUUUUUAUUUGUAUAAAUGUUAAUUUAGUGACAUGUCUGAGUUUUAUUUUUGGCCCACUACUUAACUACGUUUUGAAGUAAACAAAUCUGAUUUGC